UAACAGUUGUGAACCAGUUGUUUAAUUGAUAAAUAUGUAGAUUACACAUGUAAGUGAUACAAGAAUGCAAGGUGCAAGUUCAUGGGAAAAAUGUAUGCAAGUUUAAAUUAAAAAUUCAUAAAUAGCAUGGCCGGACAGAAAAGCCACAAAGACAAUCGUGUAGGUUGAUGAUUGUAUAAGAGCAAAAGUUUAAUGCCACAAAAGGAAAUGCCCUCGCGGCAGAAAAAAAAUGAUCCUGCUACCGAUGCUGAAGGAGGAAAAAAAGGAAAAAUGGCAAGUAAAGCAGAAAAAAUAAAAUUACCUUGUCCGCACAGUUUCUGCAAUGAACCUUCAGAUCCAUCUUAUUAUCCGAAAGGGCUUCCUUGGGCCUCUGCAAAACUAAAAUGUCUUCCUGGUUAUUGCCUCAAUAGAAAGCAAUGGAAAGAAAGGGAGGCAAAAGAAAAAGCCAAAGAAUUAAAAAAGAAAGAAAAGAUGGCAAAAGAAAAGAUGGCGAAAAAAAAGAAGAAGAAAAAGAUAGAUGUAGAAGACAACAUUUUACUUUCUGAAAUAGAGUUUUUCUGGAGAUGUGUGAUGACGGCUGGAGAUGAUCUCGCCGAUGUUCGUUUCCGCGAAAGAAACGGUCUGGAACCUAGAAAAGAGGAAGAUGAUUCAAUGGAUGGAGAGAGAGGAGACAAUGAAAAUGAGAAAACAGAUGAACCUGAGCCAAUUAAAUCGAGUGAACCAUCUAAAUCAAGAGAACCAUCUAAACCAAGUGAACCAACUAAAUCAAGAGAACCAUCUAAAGCGAGAGAACCAUCUAAAGCGAGAGAACCAUCUAAACUAAGUGAGCCAACUAAAUCAAGAGAACCAUCUAAAGCGAGAGAACCAUCUAAACCAAUUGAAACAACUAAACCAAGUGAACCAACUAAACCAAGUGAACCAACUACACCAAGUGAACCAACUAAACCAACUGAACAAAUUAAAAAAGAGAAGAGGAAAUCCAAAGAUAAAAAAUAAUAAUUGAAAGCAAGCAAAAAAUAUAUAAUGAAAAAGUAGAAUCUAAAACCUCAAAGUAAAAAACAAUGAUGUGGCCCACAGUCUUCUCAGUGAUUAUUUGCUACAUUCUAAUAGAAGUUAAAGAAAUUACCAAGGUGCCUAUAGAAAAAGUUCUGGCUGGCAAGAACAACAGCGAUUGGCAUAUAAAACAAAUAUUGCCAUGGGCCAGUGGUAAACUGAAAUGUCUUCCUGGCUACUGCCCAAAAAGUAACAAGAUCCCCGGUACAGAAGAAGAAGGUGAAGAAGAUCAAAAAAAAGGCGAUGGCCAAGAGGAAGGAGUUUUUGAUGUCUUUUUAAGGGAGCAUAAAAAGAAGGUGAAACCAAAGUGUCAAUGCGAUCAUUGCAAAACUGACAGAAAGAAGAUUAAAGAAAAGAAAAAGAAAAGAAAACGAGAAAAAGAAUCAUCGUUGUUUUUAAAGAAAAUGCUAUGCCGUGAUGAUCCUGAGGUCAAUGAGGAAUUAAUGUUUUUCUUGAAAGUUAUAAUAAUGGCAAAUGAUAUGGAUGAACUUGAAGAAGAAUUAAGAAAAAGAAAACAAGAGGAAAGGAAAAAAAGGGCAGAAUCAAGAAAGAAGAAGCAGGCUGAGAAAAAAAAUGCUGAAAAUUCUGAAAAGAAUCCUGAUGAAUCCAAAAAGAAAGAUGAACCCCCUUCUAAUACUGAUGUAAGUCAAGCCUAAAAUGGGAAGCAGUGCUCGGAACCCCGAUGACACAGUAAACCCUACAAAAUUGAUGUGCUUAUUACAGAAAGAAAGAGAAUAUUUAAGCUCUAUGAACUAAAACAUAGAAAAGCUUAAAGUAUGGAUGGAAAAGUAACCCAUUUUUGAAAAAAGUCAUGUUGAAGGAAAAUGGAUUAUUACUGUCUUUAUAAAAUAAACUGUCUUGUCAUGUAAAA